UUUCAGAACGACUGCAUUUGGAUAGAAGUCAAUUUUAGCAAUACCUUCACAAUUCACCAAACAUAUAAUUGUAGGGAAAGAAUUGUGUGGUAGUAAGAUAAACACUGCUGAAAAUAUCAUUAAUUAAAUUGAUAGACGUCUUGAUAUACACAAUUCGACGGCAUAACGGUCUACUAUAAAUGGGGAUGAAGGGAACUCAUGUGGAAUAUACUAAACGAAACGUAGAUCUGGAACACUUCUAUUUGCAACCAGAUAGUUACGUCUCUCUUUUCUCCUGCUUAGCUAGGUAGCUAAGAUGGGGAGUUCCAAUGGCCACUGCUCCAUUUCCUUGGCCGUCCUCUUCGUCUUUGUUGUCACCGGCGACGCUAAUCUAGGGUCGUGUGGCUGCUUCAAGCGUAUCUUCUCCUUUGGCGACUCCAUCAUUGACACCGGCAAUUUCGCAUACACCAUCCGCAACAGACCACCGAGUCCACCCUCGGUGCUUCCUUAUGGAGAGACCUACUUCCACCACCCCACGGGCAGGGCCUCUGACGGGCGUCUCAUCAUGGACUUCUAUGCGCAAGCGUUGGGCCUGCCGCUGCUGCCGCCGAGCUUGCCCGAGGAGAAGACGGGGCAGUUCCCCACUGGUGCCAACUUUGCCGUGUUCGGCGCUAUGGCGCUGAACCCGAACUACUUCAAGUCCAGGUAUAACUUGAGUGUACCGUUUCCAUGGAGCCUCCACGAUCAGCUCGCUACUUUCAACAAAGUGCUCACACGGAUUGCUCCAGGAGAUGCUGCAACAAAGAGGCUCCUGAGCGAGUCCCUGGUCGUCUUUGGUGAGAUUGGGGGCAAUGACUACAACUUUUGGUUCUUCGACUCUGAGCUCAGCAAGGACAGAAACACGCCCCUCCAGUAUAUGCCCGAUAUUAUCGACCGCAUCGGAGCCGGCGUGCAGAAGGUGAUCAACCUCGGCGCCAAGACGAUCCUUGUCCCGGGGAACUUCCCCAUCGGGUGCGUGCCGGCCUACCUUAGUAUUCACAAGAGCAAUACAUCUGCGGACUACGACCAGUUCGGCUGCCUCGCGUGGUUCAACGCGUUCUCUCGGAGGCACAACCAGCUGUUGAAGCAGGAGAUCGGCCGGCUCAAGUCCCGGAACCCCAGCGUAAAGAUCAUCUACGCAGACUACUACGGCGCCUUCAUGGAGUUCAUCAGGAAUCCCAACAGGAAUGGCAUCGACAGCCCUCUCGUGGCAUGCUGUGGUGGCAACGGGCCCUACGGCACCGGCCUUCCGUGCGACCGGAACGCGAAGGUUUGCCGCGACCCAUCCAGGUUCGCCAACUGGGACCAGGUUCACAUGACGGAAAAGGCAUACAGUGUCAUCGCCAAUGGGGUGCUCAAUGGCCCGUAUGCGGACAUCCCUUUGCUCCACGCAUGCUAG